AUGGAUUCAAUAGAGCAACGUUUCAGAAAUAACUUAGCAAAGGCUCUACCGAACCUAUCAACUGCAACACAAGCCGUGCACGCGGAUGAUGUGCUGAACGACGUCGACGACGUGGCACCGCCAAUUCACGUUGCAGCUACCUUCCGCUACCCACGAGAUCCAGACCGCAUGAGAGAACACCACGAGAGACCUUCGUAUCCGGUUCUAGAUGUUGGGGAGCACUGCUACUCGAGACAAUCCACGCCAGGAUUAUCGCGCCUGGAAACCGUCUUGUCCUCUAUUCUAGGUCAGCCCUGCAUUGCCUACUCUUCUGGUCUUGCCGCAUUUCAUGCUUUACUCAUCAUGAUGAGACCCAAGAGAGUCUCCAUCGGUGCGGGGUAUCACGGUUGCCAUGGAACUCUGGAGCUAUAUGCCCGUUCGUCUGGGACGGAGAUACUUUCGCUCGACUGUACCGUGGACCAAUUAGGUCCAGGCGACUUGAUACAUCUCGAGACGCCUGUCAAUCCAACGGGAAAGGCCUUUGACAUUCAGUAUUACGCAGAUCGUGCACAUUCUAGAGGUGCCUAUCUCAGUGUAGACUCGACGUUUGCGCCUCCUCCACUGCAAGAUGCGUUCAUUCAGGGUGCAGAUGUUGUCAUGCACUCUGGCACAAAAUACAUCGGUGGCCAUUCCGAUUUCCUAUGUGGUAUCCUGGCGGUCAAGAGUGAUAACCCCAGCAAUGAAUGGCUGCAGCAACUCCAUCGGGAUCGAUUAUACCUUGGGUCUGUCAUGGCAGGUUUUGACAGCUGGCUUGCCACUAGGAGCAUCCGGACUCUCGAGAUCAGAGUCCUCAAGCAAAGCCAGUCGGCAGAGGCCAUCGUUGGUGCAUUGAGACUUGGAUUGACAGGAUCCUGUCGGCAACAAUCCUUGAUAAGUCUCAGCGAUAAAGAGGUUCAGACCGUUCAGAAAGUGGUCAAAGAGAUCCAUCACGCCAGUCUACAAGACGAAGCUAAUAUUGAAGGGAGUUGGCUGCAAAAGCAAAUGCCCCGAGGAUAUGGACCUGUAUUUUCUCUAACGCUCCACAAGGUGGAAUAUGCCCGCAAUCUUCCGUCCAAGUUGAUGCUUUUCCAUCAUGCAACCAGCCUCGGCGGUGUCGAGAGUUUGAUUGAGUGGAGGACAAUGACGGACUCGACGGUGACAAAAGACUUCUUGAGAGUGAGCAUUGGCGUCGAGGAUUCAGCAGACCUUUUGGCGGAUCUACUUAGAGGCAUGGAAGCUGUUAUGGCUGGGACAAGUUGA